AUGAAAGUUUCUUCUGACAGGGCACAGUAUGAGGAAACUUUUCAUUCUUCAGGCAGUUGCCCAUCAGCUUACCUGAAAUGCAACAAUGGUGUGUGUAUUUCCAAGGAGCGGCAGUGUGACGGUGUCAGUAACUGCCAGAGAGGUGAUGACGAGGACCCUACUAACUGCCAGGAUCAAGACUCUGCCGAUUGCACCUGUGAGAAUGGAGGCACGUGCAUGGUGCGAGAAAACUACCUUAUCUGCCUGUGCCCAGACGAUUUCACCGGUGAGCGGUGCCAGUACAUCGGGAGACGCAAGCAUGUGAGUGCAGUUAUUUCUCGAUGUAACUGUAAGAAUGGAGGAACAUGCACACCUACCAGCUCAGGAUUUGGCUUUGUCUGCAACUGUUUGCCUGGCUAUGGGGAUUACGACUGCAGUCAGAACAACAGUCUGGUGCACGGAGGUGCAUCUUCCACUGAGUAUGGCAUUGCAAUGGGUGCAGCUGUGGUGGCUGUCUUGCUGGUACUCUUUGGUGUCGGUCUCUGUCUGUGCGUUAUCUUGCAGUAUCUCAAACAACAACGUGAGGGACCUGAUGGACAGUACAGACCAGCACUCAGUAGGGAUGUGUACAGUGUGGAGGCUGUUAAUAUCGGUUUGAAUUCUGUGGAGCCCAAUGACUACAUUCCUCCCAGCUAUCACCAAUGCACUCAUCACUCAUCCCGUGCCAGUGUGGCUACCCCUGAUGGAUCCAUGGAUGGUACCCUGACUCCUUCAAACCCAAGCUACCAACGUCACAUAUGCCGACAGCAACGCACACCCGAAAGCCCCCCACCAAACUACGACACCAUCCUGAAACUUGCCCGGGACUUGAGCCCCUUCUAUCGGAUGUUUACCAGCAAAGGAAGCCUGAACUUUAGCGAGACUAGGUCCCAGCCCCCCAGCUUACGGGACCAAGACAGUGUGCCUAAUACAGGGUCUUUGAAUACGCCCAGCACCCCCUGCAAUGAGUGCUUUGAGAUGAAGAACAUGCCUGAUCCCAAAGAAGACACGUGAUUGGUUGGGGAGCUGGCCAAUCAGCAAACAGUAUUAGCCAGUGAUGUCAUGUCUGUGUGUGUGCGUGGAAUCAUGGGAUAGGCCACUCUAUAUCAAUAUUAUGCACUUGAAUGAAAGCUUAGCUGGAAAACUAACACUGACUGGAAAACUUAAAAGAAAUCGUUAUGGAAAACAUUUAAAUAUUUUUAAAGUUGGGCUGGGACAUGCCAAUCACUGUUAAUGGGAGUUGGCAAGGGGUGUUGUAUAAAGCCUGUCUAUGAUACACCUAUUGUCUACCUUGAGUUGCAGGGAUAAAGGUCGACUGAAGUGAUAUAUUUUUAACCAGUUCGCGCCAGAGGCCGAGUAUACAUACAAACGUUUUGCUGUAUUCAGAAUGGAUCACAGAUAAGCACGCAGGGAGCGAGGCCAGAAAUAUCUGUCAGAAUAAUCUUGUCUUCAAUAAUAUCAUGUGGAAAUAAUCCCUGUGUGAACUGGAAGGGUGGUGACAAUGUGUCAGCAAACCACUGACAAUCAAUGAGGCACAUGUCCCUCGCUUUCCCACAAAUAACCAUCUCAAAGUUAGCACUGUUUACAUCCAACAUAUGUUGAGAACGUGACGAUUUGCAGCUAUGAUUUGAUCAUUGCUAAUUGCCCAAGAUCAAGUACAAGUUUGCAAAGUUGCUGUUUUCAAGCACAUUAUGAUUCCUAGGAUUGGUUUUAUAACAUAUUCUGAUGACACAUGUCACUAGAUCAGUCAGAUGCUACAGUCGUUGGAUCACAACACUUCAAACUGAAGGUUAUUAUGUACUCAAUGCAAAAAGCAAAGCAAAUUUCACAUCUCCCACAUGGGUAAAUAUCAUAAGAACAUUCCACAAUACUAUUUAGGCAAAUAUUCAUCUGCCAGCUCAUUUUUGUGAAGCACAAACUUGCCUGUACCAAGACCAGUUCACACUUGAUGUAAUUUUCAAAGUGGAAGGAAUGUGUUGGGGUUAUGGUGAAUGACACAAAGAAAUUGCAAUUGCUGAAGUUUACACAUUCACUUUGCUCUCACUUCUCCUUUUGCAUGAAGGAACUAACGUUUACAUUUUUUUAUAAAAAACAAUUUGGUGAAUUGUCCAUGAACAAAGAACAAAAGAGAUCCAGAACAAAUUUGACUUUUUAUUUUCAGUGAUCUUCAGUGACAGUUUCUCUUGCUCUAAAACUUUAUGUGUCAGAUAGCCAGAUGUACUGUACAUUAGACGAGAGAAAUUAAUCUGACUGCUUCUUGUACGCAUACACUCAAUGGAAUGAGUAAAUACAAGAUUCAGGACACUAAAAAAAGACGAUCAUGUUGAAUGUCUAGACCAUUUGGAGCACUCUGUACACUCACAGGGACCUUUUCAAUGGCAAAGAAUUGUUUUGGCUAUUGUUCACGGCCCAAUUUCAUGGCCCUGCUAACCACAGAAUUUCGUGCUUACGAUCACCAUUUUGUGCAACAGCACUAGGGAAAAAUUCUGUGCCACAUUACCGGAUGUACGCAUGCGCAGAAGCCAAAAUUCCUUGCUAACCCGUGAAAUAUGCUUACCGUAAGUACAGAAUUCUUUGCUACAGUCAGCAGGGAUUUUUCGCUAACAGAGCCAUGAAAUUGGGCCCAGAUUUCUAUUCAUCACGGGGCAGUUGCUUUGUACCAUAGCUGGCACAAUGCUUUCACCAUGGAAGGGGGCCUCAGGGAGUGUUCCGUGAUAGGGCGAUCGUGUAGUGUAGGGCCCGGUUCCUAAAGGGAACAAAUCCACUUUAAAAUUAUUGGACCUACCAAACUAGUUGGCGACAUUCUCAAUAAACAGGUAUGUCAUAGAUAGAGGGCAGGGUUUUGAUUUUUUGAGGGAAAUUUGGGGGUAAAUGACGAUGACAGCACGGUGACAACACGCGACCCGAAAAUAAAGAUGGCGAUCACCGCGCAAUGUACCAUGAGCACGCACGGCACGCUGAAUCGCAAGGCACUAAUCAUGAUUUCUACCCCAAGAAUCUGUUCAAAAUUGCAAAACGGGUGUCAUUAGAAUUGAGAAAAGUCUGCUUUUGAUUGUAAAGGUGAUUUUUUGAGCAAUAAAAAACAUUUUUGACUCUAAUUUGAUCAAAACAAAACAGGGGCCCUACACUUCACAAUCGCCUGUAAUAGCAUGCUUGAAGUGGUCUACAAUGUAUAUUUUAAAUUGCAAGAAUAACAUGCUUGUUUUCAUUCAGGAGCCAUGAAUAUCAUUUCCACAAUGCACAGUCACAGCACAGACAUCCAGAGAAACUUUAUUUUUUGUACUAUGCAUAUAAGUAUCAAUUCUAUAAACACACCAUACUUGGUGGGUUUCUUCUCACACUGGUGCCAUCUUUGGUUUGUAUUCCAUGCGGAUGUAGGAAGUGUUUGGGCUGAUUUGGUGGGGCAAGUACCUAAUCUUGUCUUGCACUAUGAAAGAUUGUGCAUGCUCUGAAAAGGACAGUCAAAAAGUGUCUGUAAUACUCAUUUUGGUGUACACUUAUCAGGACACUCUAAAGUGCCACUUGCAGGCUAGGCUGGUGCCCAAAUGUGUUAUUUUACUACACGCUGAUUGCUGAUUAAGCCUGGGAAUCUGACAGUGAUGGCAACAGUGUGACAACAAAACAGUUCCUUUUUGACAGUACUACUGUAUUCAGAAGAAAUGUGUACCAUAUGAAGAAAUUGUACUAUUUUGCGUGAGAGAGAAAGAGAUAUAGAUGAUAUAGAUAACAGCUUAUAUUUCUUGCAAACUAAUUUAUAUACACAGCACAUCUACAUAAUAAUUACAUAUUUUAAGACUGUGUUUAAUAUGGGGUCUUCAAGAUUGGAAACUGACCAUUGUAUGAUUGUAGGUAGUGUUUUGGGCAACGAACACUUGCAGCAGAAAAUGUCAAUGUUGAAUUCAACUGGGGGAGUCCCUACUUUUAUUUUACCUGUACCAGUUCUUUUGUACUGUUUGAAACACUAUUUUAACUCUUUGAGUAUGAUCAUUGCCUUAAUUAGAUGGAAUUAAAACAAUGCACUAUAUAAUUUCAAGCCAAUAUAUUUUCAAAUGGCGCAAAUACACCGAGUUAAUUAUUGUACAGUUAUUAUACUGGUUCAAUGACCAUUAUUGAACUCAUUUAGAUUAGCUGUCAACUAGUCAAGUUCUUGUAAAAGGUUCUCGCACUCUCUCACUUAGAAACUGUGUUUUCAGUUUUGGUGAGAUGCUGUUGUGCAUUUCAUGAACAACUGCCCAGUAGCGUAUAAUGGGGCUGACAUCUCUACAAUACUAAUCCAGAGCAGUGUUACAGGUAUAAGUUUUAGGGAAAGUUUUCCAUACUGGGCCUGUGUGGGCCACCACUUUUUUUUUCAAUUAAUUUUCAAGUGCCAAAAUGUUGCAUCACUUACUUCAUUGAGAUUCAAACCUUGAACUCUUGUUUGAAACACAACACUUUUACCAGCAGGCCACCAAGAUCGCUUGUUGCGAUAAUCAAUCUUUGGACGUAUUUAAAGUAUCCAUUGAAAUAAGACUAAUGAACGGUGAACUAAAUAUUCAUGAGAAAUUAAAAUAUUGACUUCUUUUCUUUUGGUUAGUUUGUUUAGCGAAUCUUACUCCUGCAUACAAAUUGGGCAUUUUAUUUGUAAUUCACUUUUCAUAACCAUUUAUAGUAUGGCGAAAGGAUUGUGUUUUUAAUUUCAUGAUUUAUUUACAUCACUUUUCCAAUUCCAACUCUUGUUUCUGGUUUUAUCAUAUUCUGGAAUUUGAUUCAAAGCUUCCUUUUCGCAUGGUUUUGCCCAAACAGGUUAUCAAAGGGAAAAGCACUUUUAAAAAGGUACAUCUUGACUCGUGAUCGUUAUACCAUGUUUGCUCUUCAAUUAUGUUUUGAAUUAACAUAGCAUACUCAAUACAUGUCUCCAAUUAUCUUGAAUAAACAAACAAGGGGUUAACUGAUCUGACCUUGAUGUUUACUAUUUA